UGCCGCCAUUGCUUAAAAGAAGCUACAAUCGCCAAGAGUUCCUUAUCAUUUACGUCGGUGCAAGUACCUAUCGUCCUGUUGUUGGGAAAGCACAGCCCCUAGUGCAAAGUCUGACGCAUCUGUUUCCAGAAAAAAUUGCUUUGUUGGGUCUACAUGGUGAAGGAUUGGAGCAGAU